AUGGCUCUCAACUGUAGCUUGGGCUUGAACAACGCCAUGGCCGCGCUCGGGACCACGAAGAAAGCGGCGGUGUUGUACCACUACCCAUGCCCAGAUGGCGCCUUUGCCGCUCUGGCAGCUCAUAUUUACUUCUCCGCCACUUCUCUUCCCGCUCUCUUCUUCCCCAACACAGUCUACGCUCCCCUCGCUCCCAGCCACCUCCCUCUCCGCGAAAUCGACGACCUCUACCUUCUCGACUUCGUGGGUCCCUCCGGUUUCGUCCGAGAAAUCUCCCCCCAUGUCUCCAGGGUGGUUAUUUUGGAUCAUCACAAGACUGCCCUUGAGAUGCUAACUGGCGAUGAUUGCAAUGUUGCGGAAAAUGUUGUUAAGAUUUUAGAUAUGGAGAGGAGUGGAGCUACGAUUGCUUAUGAUUACUUCAAAGAGAAGCUUGCGGAGGACGAUAAAGUUCGAGAGUUUGAGAGGAUGAGGAGAUUGUUUGAGUACAUUGAAGAUGGGGAUCUGUGGCGAUGGCAUUUCCCUGACAGCAAAGCUUUCUCUAGCGGUUUGAAGGACUUGAACAUUGAAUUUGAUGUCCAAUUGAAUCCCUCUUUGUUUCAGCAGUUGCUUUCUUUAGAUUUGGAGGCCAUCAUUAACCAAGGCAUGUUGAGCUUAUCACAGAAGCAAAAGUUGAUAGAUGACGCGCUUGACCAGUCAUAUGAAAUCUCUCUGGGAGCUUUUGGACAUUGUCUGGCUGUCGAUGCAGACUCGAUAUCGGAAUUGAGAAGUGAAUUAGGAAACCAGUUGGCAGAUAAAAGUUACAAGAUAAAAUUGAGGGGCAUCGGUGCUGUGGUAUACAGAGUGCCAGAACUUGAAAACGAUCAGUUACUGAAAGUUAGCCUUCGGAGCCUGAAUGGUGAAGACACUACACCCAUUUCGCAGAAUUUCGGAGGGGGUGGACAUCGAAAUGCUAGUUCGUUCAUGAUAAGCUCUGCAGAGUUCCAGCAAUGGAAAGUCCAGCAAUAAACACUGUUUCUUUGCCCCUUUCGGCAAAUAUCAUGUAGACUGUGAAUUAGAUAACCCCUCUGAUUAAUCGAUUUGUUUGUUUGUCACCCAGUUGUUCCCUUUUUAUGUAGACAUAAUUUGCCUUUCGGUUGUUAUGAUUUGGCAUCAUCUCUUUGUGUUA